AUGCCCCUGAAAACUCCUGAGUGUUUAAAUAUAGAGAAUGUAGGAAAUAUCCUUAUAAAAUCUCUCCAUUUCCCACUUAUCCCUAUUGUUUACAACAUAUUCUUGCAGAAACCGGGACAGAUACGAAGUGUAAUAUAUCAGAUUUCGCACGAAUUAACUCUUAAAAUAACACUCUCCUUCAGUUCUUUCGCCAAAUACCGUGAAACGCACAUUCCUUGCCUGGUAUAUAGAGUGAUCGACAGCCAGCGGUUGGCACAUUCACUCACUCACCAUCUCUUCAGAACCAUGAGGGCCAUUGCAAUCGUGCUGCUCUUGGUGGCCGCCGCUGCAGGCCAGCAGAAACGCGAGGCUGAACCUUCCGGCGGAUACGGACACGGGAUCGGCCAUGGCUUUGGCUUAGGCUUCGGCAUUGGCCACGGUCAUGGCAUUGGCCAUGGAUUUGGCAUCGGCCACGGCCACGGAAUUGGCUUUGGUCAUGGCCACGGCCAUCAUGGGCACGGUCACACGGUUGUUACUGAAGUAGUCCAUGGUGGUUAUGGCCAUGGUCAUGGAAUCGGAUUUGGACACGGCAUUGGCCAUGGCUUCGGUCAUGGACAUGGAAUCGGUUUUGGGCAUGGGCACGGCAUCGGCUUUGGACAUGGUCACGGAUUUGGUCAUGGUCAUGGAAUAGGACUUGGCCACGGUUUCGGACACGGCUACGGCCACGGCAUCUACAAGCGCGAAGCCAAAGCCGAACCCGAAGCCAAGGCCGACCCGAAGGCAGAACCCGGCUUUUCCCAUGGCUUUGGAGGCCACGGCUUCGGCGGUCAUGGCUUUGGCGGCCAUGGGUUCGGUGGCCAUGGAUUCGGACAUGGUGGCCACGGAUUUGGACAUGGUGGCUUUGGUUUAGGCCUUGGCUUCGGCCACGGCAUUGGCCAUGGCCACGGUCACACCGUCAGUCAUGAAGUUGUCCAUGUUGGACAUGGUCACGGUCAUGGUCAUGGAUUUGGACAUGGCCACGGAUUUGGCCAUGGAAUCGGGCUUGGUCAUGGAUUCGGACAUGGUCAUGGAUAUGGACACGGUCACGACGUACACAUAAUCGAACACGGCCAUGGAUUCGGUCAUGGGGUCGGCCAUGGUUUCGGUCAUGGAAUCGGCCAUGGUUUCGGACACGGGAUUGGCCAUGGCUUUGGUCAUGGUUUUGGCCACGGAGGAUAUGGCCACCAUUAUGAAGAAUGGUCAAAGGUAGACACUCGCUCUCAGUCAGCAGUCAUGAGGACCACUGCAAUCGUGUUGCUCCUGGCGGCCGCCGUGGCGGCGCAGCAGAAACGUGAGGCGGAACCGUCCGGAGGAUACGGACACGGGCUGGGACACGGCUUCGGUCUAGGCUUUGGCUUAGGCCAUGGUCAUGGCUUUGGCCAUGGACACGGAAUUGGUCAUGGCCAUGGCCAUGGAUAUUCAGUAACGGUUGUGCAUGGCGGACAUGGUUUCGGACACGGUCAUGGUUUCGGACAUGGCCAUGGUUUCGGACACGGCCAUGGUUUCGGACAUGGUCAUGGUUUCGGACACGGACAUGGCCAUAGUGUUGUACAUCAUCACGGUUUUGGCCAUGGGCACGGAAUCGGAUUUGGCCACGGUUUCGGACACGGCUACGGCCACGGCAUAUACAAACGCGAAGCCAAAGCCGACCCCGAAGCCAAGGCCGACCCGAAAGCAGAACCCGGCUUUUCCCAUGGCUUUGGAGGCCACGGCUUCGGCGGUCAUGGUUUUGGCGGCCAUGGAUUUGGACAUGGUGGGUUUGGAAUAGGUCAUGGCUUCGGCCACGGACUCGGUCACGGCAUCGGCCAUGGCCACGGUCAUACUGUCAGCCAUGAAGUUAUCCAUGUUGGACAUGGCCACGGUCAUGGUCAUGGUCUUGGUCAUGGAAUCGGGUUUGGCCACGGUUUUGGACAUGGGCAUGGACAUGGAUUUGGCCAUGGUCUCGGCCAUGGAAUCGGGUUUGGCCACGGCCUUGGACAUGGAUAUGGACAUGACGUACAUAUUGUAGAACACGGAAUCGGACCUGGUUUUGGACACGGACUCGGACAUGGUUUUGGCCACGGGAUUGGCCAUGGGUUUGGAGGCUACGGACACCACUAGCCAAAGGCCCGGAGUGUUUCUGGAUAUUCUAGUUGUAUAUACUAAAGAUAUCUGAAUAAA